AUGUUUUUUCUCGGGAGAAACCAUGUUUUCCCUCUGAAGCAGACAUCUCGACAAAAGUUGAUCUCGGCGAGCAAGCUAGGGGACCACGUUGCGGACCACGCGAGGCAACAAGGUCAAGCUGGCUCAGAACAGCAAGUAAGACCAACUCUUUGUUGGGCGCGAAUGUUUUGGUUCUGUUUGAUUCUUACUUGCUUGAACACGGACAGUGACUGUCCUAUGUCUCAACGACGGCGGGAGCCUCUUCCUACGUCUGUCUCACUUGACUCUCACCACCCCGGUAGACCGGCGGGUUUGAGUUGUCGAGAUAGUCCCAAGCACCGGAACCACAUCCGGCGUUGCUAUCGGCUGUGGUAUGCGUGA